CUGCCAACCAACCAAAUAGAACACUGCCAGAAGUCCCACCACGAAGAUUCAAGAAUCUCGAAAACAGAACACCCCCUUACCCGUCAUAACAACCUUAACAUUUCCUCAGCCCAAGAAAGAAAAAUCAUCCAACAGAAUCAGUAAUGGGAGUGGUUAGCAAACUCACAGAUGCUGUACUGUUCCUCUUUUUCCUUACUGUUGCCUUGGCAGCUCCUCUUAUUGAUGGACAGACAAUUCUUCCUUCAGACCUUUAUCCCACCUUCUUGGUUGACUUGAAAAGUUGGUAUGCCACAGAAUUUGGGGAUUAUUUGGUUGCUGAGAAGCCACAUUUCUUUGUGGGCCUUGUUUGGCUUGAGUUGGUGUUCCAAUGGCCUCUUGCUUUGAUUUGUCUUUACGGGCUUGUGGCUUCAAAACCUUGGUUGAACACAACCUGUUUGAUAUAUGGAUCAUCAGUUUCAACUGCAAUGGUUGUGAUACUGGCAGAAUUAACAGCAUCUGGGAAGGCAUCUGAUACACUGAUAAGGAUUUACUUACCAUUUUUGGGUCUAUCUGUUAUAGCCAUUUUACGUGGUCUGCUGUCGCAUCCGGGCAAAUCUUCUGCAACGGGCAAAAGACCUGUAACCAAUAGGAAGAAGAGGGUUUAAAUUCUUUGUAGUUCGAAGUGUUCUAGGUUUGUUCAAUUUGGUCUAGAGUUUGCUGCAAACUGUUUUUCUCCAGAAUUUUGCGUGUCCUAUAAGAUGACUUCUAUGCAUUUUUGAAGUUUUCAAGUGUAUCACCUAUCAGUUCACAAAAUUUAUGCACAAACUAUGAUGAGAUUGAGAUAAGCUACCACAAAAAGUAGCUGAAA